AUGAGUUUAGAAGACACAUUGGCUAAUCUGUCUCUAUAUGACGCUAAAAAGUACUUCCGUAAGGCUCAGAAUGUAGUCUACAAUUACACCGAUAUGGAAUCUAAAGUCAGGGAAGCUACAAACAACGAGCCUUGGGGCGCUUCUUCGACACUGAUGGAACAAAUUGCUCAAGGGACAUAUAAUAUUAGGGAACGUGAAGAAAUCUUAGGUAUGAUAUUCAGAAGGUUUACCGAAAAAUCAGGGAGUGAAUGGAGACAAAUUUAUAAAGCUCUACAACUCUUAGAAUAUUUGAUUAAGCAUGGUUCUGAAAGGUUUAUUGAUGAUACCAGGAAUAGUAUCAGUAUUGUUAAGUUAUUGGAAUCAUUUCAUUACAUCGAUUCCCAAGGAAGAGACCAAGGUGUAAACGUCAGAAAUAGAGCUGCUGCACUAACGGCUUUAUUGGCUGAUGAUAGUUCAAUCAGAGCAGAACGUAAAAAGGCAAGAGAGACGAAAAAGAAAUACAAGGGUGUAGCAGGUGGUGUUACAUCGAUGAAUACGGGACUUGAAGCCAACACAAGGGCUGGCUUUAACAGCUCUAGAUCGCAUGGUAUAAGUGUCAGUGCUGAUUUUGAUUCUGAUGAAUCUGAUGAUGGCGUAUACAAAUCAUCAAAUAGAUCAGGUGGCUUUAGAGAUAAUGUCGACGAUAGAGAAAACUCUAACGAAGGAACCACUACUACGGCUAAUGUAAUGCAAUCCAAUUCAGAUGAAGAUUUCUUCUCUUCUUUAAAGAAACCAGAAGUUUCCCAGAACAAUCACGCUAAUUUGGAUGAAGAUGACGAAGAUGAUGACGAAUUUACAGAUUUUCAAACGGCGGUACCGGUCAACUCGACCCUAAAUAAUACCGCAACAAGUCAUGGUAAUACUACUAAUAAUAAUGAGUUUGACCUUCUUGGGAUGAACAUGAACUCCACUGCAACAUAUCCAAAACCAUCUACCAAUGAUGUCAUUCCAGCAAUUGCACAGGAUAAGAAAAAGGAUGAUCCAUUUAGCUCCUUAUUUAGUUCAGCUAAGACACUCCCUGCUGAACCAAAAAAGGCACAGACACAACAGAACCAACCCAUUUCAUCACAAACUGACAAAGCCGAUGAAGAUGAAUUCAAUGAUUUGAUGUCUUCAGGUCCAACAACUACCUCUGCACAAACUUCUGCUCCAACACCUUCCCAAUCAAAUGCUGGGGAAAUUGAUUUAUUAAGCUUUUGA